UUAAUAUAUUACUGCUAUGGGAGUGUUCCCAAGAUGCUCUCUGAUCACCACAUUAAAGAUAAGGAGGCAAAACAGGAACACCUCCAGAUGACUGAUGAGCCAAAACUUGGGAUGACUCCCGCUCUUCCGUCUUCCAAGACGGCUGAUAACAACCGAGGGAAGAUUUCCGGCUGCACCUUGGCCGACAUUAGGAAGAGACCUGGCGUCAUGCUGCUAGUCAACACAAACACUGGCUACAUGGACAUGACACUGAACUUGUUGGAGAGCGUCAAGAGGACUGGAGUCUGCGUGAACACAACCAUCGUUGCCGAGGAGGAGAAGGCGUAUCAGACUAUGCUGAGCCAUGCCCACGGUGACCCGGCUAUAAAAGUGGUCAAAACAGACCAAGGCCUUGGGGAAGCGGACCCCGGAAAGCUCGUGCUUUUCAAUCGUGAACACAUGCGUCUCGUGAACAGACGUCACAGGUAUAUUCUGUCCCUGCUGGAGAAGGGCUAUGAAGUUUUCUUCACUGACGUGGACACCUUUUGGUUUCGGGAUCCGUUCUCGUAUUUCCAGGGAAAAUUUGAUAUGGCCUUUGUGGAUGAGCGCUCCCCUUACCCAACCAGACUACGUCGAAAAUCCUUGCACUGUCCUAGUUUGGGCUAUUUUUGGCCGACAAACAGGACGCUCCAGUUUGUCAGGAAAUGGAUCCAGAUCUUGGUGGAUCCGAAAAACCAGAUAUCUGACCAGGGGGUGCUCAACCGUAUGAUGCACGCCAAUAUACCAGUUCAUGUUGUUGUCAGACAACUUCCCGUCAAGUAUUUCCCGCAUGCCUUGGUGUUUUACAAUCCGGACUGGCGGCAGGAAAACAAAGACCCGAUCAUAAUGUACAACAUGGGCAUCAAAGGACACGACGCGAAAGCUGAGAAAUUUAAAGAAAAUAACAUGUGGCUUAUAAACAACACAAGUGGGACGGGUUAGUGAACAUAUCUCAGUCGAGAAGACUUCGUCUGCAUGGGUAGUUUAAGAAUAAAAGCUAAAGUAACUAAAGAACACCAUGAGUUGUGUAUUACAAAAUGUCCAUUGCUUAUCCGGGCGGCGAUGUGUCUGCGGCUCCUGAGAGUAGGCCUACUGGCUCAUAUGAAGCUAAUGAGUCAGUUGGCCAUUGUGUUUGUUUUGGGGAGGGGGUAUCUAGGUAGGCCUACGUUUGCAUUUAGGUUAUAUAGGUACGUUCGUUUUCUCUUUGAAUCGUUUGGUUUAUUAUUCGAGAUCAUCCAUUGAACAUCAGCGGACUCUUGUGAUGCAGGCUUACGUCUGAAUCCUUUCUUUUACUCUUCAGGUUGGUGUGAUUAACAAGAGCUUUGUUUUUAUUGUCACAGAAAUGGCCUUCCUGAUCCAGUUAUCCAGUUGAUGUUACAAUAAUGUAUCAUUCAGUAUUUUUAGAUAACAAUCUUUUAGAAAAUAACUACUGAUUGAAGUUAAGCCUUCCAAAACGGCUUGGAACGAACAGAUACGUUACCGAAAGUCCACUUCAAGAAAUUCAUAUUU